ACCUCCACUACCAUCACUGGGCUGACUCCUGGAGUGCAGUACAACUUCACAGUCACUGCAGUGGCUGGAGAUAACACAACUGUAGGAGAAGGCAGUGAAACAACCGCUUUUACAAAGCCUGUACAACCUGUGAACAUUGUGACUAUGGGACGAGGAACCAGUGAGCUGAAUGUGACCUGGACCUUGCCUGGAGGGAGCGUGGACCAAUACAACGUGAACAUCUCUAAUGCUGCUUUAAGCUAUACAUCCAGCCAAACCACACAGACCACAAUGGCCAGCUUCACUGGUCUACAGUCAGGGAUGCUCUAUGAGGUCACAGUGACUGCUGUAGCUGGACCCUUCAGUAACCAGUCUGCUAGGGGCCAGUUAGCCACUGUACCCAACCCACCUGGACCCCUCAACAUCACAGAGAGGACAACCAGCUCCCUCUCUGUACAAUGGACAACCCCAGGUCUAAUGACUGGAGCUCCAGCCAUCUCCUAUAACAUUAGCUACCAGUCUACUGGGACUGGUAUUAGAGCAAGCACCCAGUCUACCUCUAAUCUCAGCCUUAACCUGUGCUCUCUGUCCUCUGGAACGUUCUACACCAUCACAGUGAUAACCGUGGGACCACAGGAUCUGGGAAGCGCCCCUGUUAAUACAUCUGGAUAUACUUUGCCCAAACCAGUGGUGAACCUCACAGCGAGCCCGUUGUCCACCUCCUCAGUGAAGCUACAGUGGACUGACCCUGUGGAUGUUAAGUCCUACUACUCCUACAGAGUCCAGUACAGCAACACUACAGGCCCUGUUGAAGAGGAAACAGUCAAUACGAACUUCACGGACGUCCCUGGCCUAGAACCUGGGACUGGCUAUAACUUCACGGUUACAACGAUAGCAGCAGCGGGAAGCGACGGAAUUCCAGAAAACACAUUCAGCUACACAAAACCCAAGGCGGUCAGUAACCUCAUGAUCGAGGAUCUGAACACAACCGCUAUCAGGCUUUCCUGGUCCAAACAGGAUGACCACAAACCCACCUACUCCUAUCUGGUGACCGUCUCCAAGAGUGGUUCUAUGGUUGAGAACGUAUCAACCACUGUCGAGAGCUACACCUUCACCCAUCUCCAGCCUGGGGACAGUUACACCUUCUCUGUGGUCACGGUCGUCCAGGGGGUUAAGUCUGACUCAGUAGAGACGUCUAGCUACACAAGUACGGUUCCAAAGACGCCCCUCCCCCUCAUCCCUUUCUCACUUCCCCUUCUUUACAUAGCAAAACUAAAAUCUGAAAUGUUAAAGGUGGACUCCUACACCGUCACAAUCUACAAUGACAACGUGAUGGAAAACAACCUCACCAUCUCCAAUGACUCUCUAGAAGUAGUGUUCCAGAACCUGAAACCAGGCAAAGUCUAUGUUGUCAGAGUGGUCACCAACAGUGGACCGCUCACUGAUGCAUCACUGAAUGUUACAAAUGCAACGUAUCCCAACCCUCCUGGAACCCAGACGGUGGAGGACCAGACCACUGGUUCCAUCAACAUCAGCUGGGCCCGGCCCCUGGACAUGGACCUGGGUCAGUACUGGUUCUCUGUGUUCCACCUGGACCAGCAGAACCUGACGGAACACAACUGGAUCCUCCUGGAGAACCUCCAGUCUGGAACACUCUACAACAUCGCUGUGGUAACCGUAGGGCCGUUGGACUACCAGAGCACAGUGGUGACGACAACCAGCUAUACCAGGCCCGACUCUGUGAGCGGGCUGACAGAGGCAGGAAUCACCCCCACCGAUGUGACUCUAGUCUGGGAUCAGCCGGAGAACAAAGCAGACUACUCCUUCAAGGUGGAGGUAACCUACCCCAACGGGUCCCUUUUCAUCUCCGUCACUGUCAACAACACCACGACAACUGUCACCGGACUACAGUCGGGGAGCAACUACACCUUUACCGUGACAACGCUCACAGAGGACGGCACCAUGGCAACCCCUGUGAAAGUGUUCUAUUACACAAGACCAUAUCCCAUUAGUGGGUUGGUGGCCCCGACAGUAAACACAACUGCUGUACAUCUGACCUGGACCAAGCCACCUCAGUACCAGAGUGGUUACACAUACCGUAUCCAGACCGAGGGGUGCGUGUCUACUCCCACAAACCACACAGUGACAGGAGAGGUGGCCGUCAUUACAGAACUCACACCAGGAACCAACUGCACCUUCAGUGUUUCCGUCAAGGCACAGGACGGUAUAGAGGGAGGCACCGUCUCAAUCUUUCAGUACACAGAGCCUGAAUCUGUCCAGCCAUCCAUCUCCAACAACGGUACCACCAGUACCAUGGUGGUGAGCUGGGCGGCACCACCAGGGAAUGUGGGGCAGUAUGUGGUCCAUCUGAACAGCACUGACCAAGUCUUUACCCCCGUAUGGCUGAAUUCCAACCAGCAGACACACACCUUCAUGUACCUGUUAGCUGGGAGACAGUACACAGCCGUGGUGACCACUAUCAGUGGGCCCUUCGAUGAAACCUCAGGACCUGUAACUACAGCAACUCAACCCAACCCGCCUGGGCCCAUCGUGAUCUUGGAGAAGACUACUAGUUCCAUCACUGUGGAGUGGGGCGAAGCUCCUCUGAUGGCCAACACCACCUUCAGUUACCUAGUGAAGUACCUGUCAACGCAGACAGACGAAAAGACAGUCAAUACCACAAAUACAAGUCACACACUGCCAAGCCUUUCCUCUGGAACACCCUACAAUAUCUCUGUGGUUACAGUGGGAGUGCUAUGGUUCCACAGUGAGGAGGUCUGGAGCAGUUUGGUCACAACCAGACCAGAGAGUGUCCAGUCACUCAGUGCAGUGACAGCAGAGGAGCACGUAACAUUGACCUGGUCCAAGCCUGUGGGUCACAAACCAGGCUACAGCUACAGAGUGACCUGGACAAACUCCACUGGGUUCAUCAUCAGUAAUACGACCACAGCUAUGGAAAGCCUGCUCAUCAAUGGAUUGGUCCCGGGUAGUCUGUAUAACUUCGCUGUAACAAUACAGACAGAUGAUGGAACAGAGGGCGCUCCAGUCUCAACCUCCAGCUGCACCAAUGCCAGCCCUGUGUCCAACUUGAAGUGUUACUCUCCUAACGACCCCGACGCCAAGCUGACUCUGUCCUGGACCAAACCCAAAGGACUGAACCAGGGCUUUCAGAUCACUGCUAAUGAAACCAUCCAACUCCCCCAGGGCCAGGUACACAAUGAGACAAGUGGCGACUGUAACCCAGCCUGUGGUCACACAGUCCCUGGCCUGAAGCACAAUACGGACUACACCCUGACCGUGACCACUCUGGGCUGUGGGGAAACCAGCACCGUCCAAAGCCUCACCUGCAAGACUGGCAUUACUGUGGUCACCAGUGUGGCUGUCGGGGUAACGCUUGGAGUUUUUGCCAUCCUCUUCAUCAUCACUGCCGGUUUCAUCAUCUACUGGAGGAGCAGUACCGUGGCUGUGAGGGUGGAGGACUAUGAAGCGUAUUACAAGAAGCAGAGAGCAGACUCCAACUGUGGCUUUGCCGAGGAGUUUGAGGACCUGAAGCUAGUGGGAACAGCCCAAGCAAAAACCAGCGCUUUGGCCAUGGAGAACAAGUCCAAGAACCGCUACAACAAUGUGCUUCCCUAUGAUUCCUCAAGAGUGAAACUGUCCAUCCAUGGGAGUCCAUUCGAUGACUACAUCAAUUCUAACUACAUCCCGGGUUACAACUCCAGGAAGGAGUUUAUUGCGGCCCAGGGUCCUUUGCCCGGCACUGUCAACGAGUUCUGGAGGAUGAUCUGGGAGAAGAACGUCCAGACUCUGGUCAUGCUGACACGCUGUAACGAACAGGGACGAGUCAAAUGUGAGGAAUACUAUUCAUCUGAGACCAAGCACUUUGAGUAUAUCACCGUGACAACCACCUCUGAGAUCCCCCUAGAAGACUGGACCAUCAGGGACUUUGACGUAAAAAAUGUGAAGACGGCAGAGACACGCUCGGUACGUCACUUCCACUUCACAGCCUGGCCAGACCACGGCGUCCCCGAGACCACUGAACUGCUCAUCAACUUCAGACACCUGGUUCGAGAACACAUGGACCAGUACUCACGCCACUCCCCCACUGUCGUCCACUGCAGUGCGGGUGUGGGUCGUACAGGCACCUUCAUAGCCAUCGACCGGCUGAUCUUCCAGAUAGAGAGGGAGGGUAUGGUGGACGUGUACGGCACCAUCCAUGAACUGCGCAUGCACCGGCCCCUCAUGGUGCAGACAGAGGAGCAGUAUGUGUUCCUAAACCAGUGCGCCAUGGACAUCAUCCGAUCCAGAACUGGAACCAACGUGGAUUUAAUCUACCAGAACACAGCUGCACUCACCAUCUACGAGAACGUAGAACCGAGGAAAGAUACAUUUAAGAAUGGCUACCACAACGCAUAGGCCUCACGUCCACUCUUUCCUCUCUCUAUUCCUCCCCACUCUUCCUCCACUCCCCUUCUCCACUAUCAGGCAGACAGGCCUGGAGAGACGAGUUUAGAAAAGGGAAAGUAUUUUUAAGUCUCUCACUGUAUUUAUUGAUCUACUUGAUCAUGUUGCCUUACACUUUUUUUUAUUGAUCUAGUUUUUGUAGUAUUUAUUUGGUAAACAUGUUGUGGAAGUUGGAAAAAUAACAAGGGAGGUAACUGUUUUUUCAGAGGAACAAUGCACAAUUUUCAUCCAAAGACCAACAAUGGAAUGUACAUAAAAUUAUAUUGUAGAGAUGUAAUUCUUAUAUUUCCAUAUUUUUAUAUUGCUGAUACUUUGAAUAUCUGCUUGCUCUCUUAUUAUGAUUGUUGUAGGAUUGCCAACAUUUUAAGAAUACUUGCUCAGGUAAUAUAUGUGAAAUGAUGUGUGGUUAUACUAUGUGAGAAGUGCCAUGCCUUUGUAAAUGAAUACAAAGAUAUAUACAACACCAGUCAAAGG